AUGACAGAGUUGUUGACCGGUCUAGAAGGAGUUGAGGCGAUCAUCGAUGACACGUUGAUCUAUGGAAAGACUCAAGAGGAACAUGACGAGCGCCUGGCAAAGGUCCCAGAUAGGAUACGAGCAUCAGGCCCUAAGCUAAACAAGGACAAGUGCGAGUUUGGAAAGUCCAAACUUGAGUACUUUGGGCAUGUCGUGAGUGGGGACGGCAUCAGUACCAAUCCUGGACGCGUCGAGGCGAUAAGAGGAUUGGACGCUCCGAAAGAUGUAACUGGGCUGAGAAGAGUUGUUGGUAUGAUCAAUUACCUGGGAAGAUUUAUUCUCGACUUAUCAACCAUCAUGCGUCCCAUGACAGAUCUACUUAAAUCGGACAUUGUUUGGCAAUGGACGCCGCGUCAACAAGAUACGCUCGACAAAAUAAAGGGAAUGUUGACGAACACUCCAACUUUGAUGUUCUAUUCUGUGAACAAGCCAACGAUCAUAGUGUAA